AUGUCGCCAUUGAGGCCCUUCGACAGCAACCGAGCUCAUUCUAGUGGCACCGUCGUGGCAUCCACUGAAGCCGAUGCAAGCUGCACCACAAAGAGCAGCAGCAUGCUUGGCCUUGAAAUUUCUGGGUCUCACAUCCACAAAAGGGCCUGCGUUGAAUCAAACAGCACCGAUAAAAGGAAAAUGAGCACCAAAUACUUAUCAUCAAGAACCAGCGGGUCACGCCACAGAGCUUCUCAGAGGCCAUGCGACGAGGAGCACCAACCUUCGAAGCAGCAACAGCACGACCAAUUACAGAAUCCUAACCACCACGGCAAGCCCGUGAAGCCUUCUUCUGGUAUUCAAACACCGCAUCACAGUGCAGCGACAGUCACACACCACCGUUCGGUUGCUGCGGCAGCAUCUCUAUGGGGAAACAACGGCAGCAAGAACCCCAACUUGGAACUGCCCACUGAUGCACUUGCAGCGGCAGCAGCAGCGAUGCUGGCUGCCCCUGACGAGGUGCGAAAAGCCCGCGAUCAGCUGAAGGAGAAGGAAUAUGAGUUACACAAACAGCAUGGGCAGCAUCCACGGUACCAGUCAAGGAGGCUCCUAGACACUCAGUUCUCCCCAGCGCUAGAGCAACGCACUGGGACAGUAACGCGUUGUCGGCUGGACGAGGGAUCCUAUUACACCUUCAAGUCUGCUAAGGUGAACGGCGCCACGGUUGAAUUUAAAAACAGGGAGCAAGCCGCUGCCUCUAUUCAUCAUCUUCAUUGCGAAUAUGGAAUCCCUGUCUGCAGAAAAUUUGGUUUUCGUUAUUUCGUCCUCGCUGAGCAGAACCCCCAACACCCCAAGGCCGGCUCCGUCAUACGGAAACCUUUGAGCAACAAGAAUCAAGAUCCCGACGAGCUGCACAAGCAUGAACCCGAAAGGAAACACAGCAAAAACGACGCCCAAGUAAGAGCUGACACAGCAGCACUGCGCAGCAGUCCACUGAAAAGCAAGAACAGCAGCCGCAACGCUAGCCUCAGGUGGUCUUAUUGCAUCAGAAUUCGCGUAAGACAGCUGCAGAGGCCGCAAGAAUUGCUGCAACUGUCGACGCAGCUGGGAGUCUUCUUUCACGAGCUUGCACACCUCCGAUACAUGAAUCAUGGGCUCCGGUUCGCCUGCCUCCUCGCGAGUAUCUUCCGCUUCGCGACUGAGAGGGGUCUAUUCGAGCCGGGCUUGGAGACUGAAUUGCCUUCUCCGUGGCUCUGGGAGCGGGUUGUAUUCUUCUGUGGAGGGUUCGUGUCUGAUGAAGUGAUCCGGAAGCUGUUACUGGCAGAUCCCAAGGCCCGUUCUGCUGCAGCAUGCGACCUCACUGCUGUUACCGCGUCUGCUGCUACAGAAGGUGGCGGCUCUCAAAGCCAGCCUGCUGACGCUUCUAAUAUCGGCCACACAACUCUUCUGGAGAGAAGCCAUGCGGCAGCUUCUUUCACUAGUGAUUUUGUUUUCUCGACUGCAGCCACAGCCACCGAGGCUACCGUUGCGUCUGCUACUGCUUUAAGAACUGGGGCCUCCGCAAUCGUGCCUUUCGCCGCAGCAUCUCCAGCAGCGAAGCCGAAGAAGUACCAAGCCGCCUUCACUAUACGGGGGGGUGAAGGUGUGCCUGGGGAAGCCCUCUGCAUGCGACAGCAACGAAAGCAACAAGAGCGAUGCCUAGCUAGUGCUGAAGCUUGGGACUCCAGUAGCCCCGGUGUUGGAAUUAUUGAUAACCGAACAGCCUCGCAAACUGAUACUAGUAGCGCCUCCACAGGUAGGAUACUGCAUAGGAGAUUAAGCGCGCCUGGAGCACUGACACGCUCCAAGGCUUCCAUCUCGCAGCAACGCCUUCAGAGUCAGCAGCGACAGUUGCUACAGACCCUUAAAUCCAGAGAUACCAGCGAAACGGUUGCUCGGAGACGCCGGGAUAUUGGUAACACACCCGGUAUCUAUCAGCCCAGAAGUAGAGUCUCACAACAACGGAAGAGAAGUAAUGGCAUCGCAAAUCUUUUAAGUAAGUAA